AUGGGGAGAAAUCAGUGCCACUACAAUUGUCAGUGGCUUGGAAAUGCUGGUCUAUUGGACUAUACCCGUGAUACUGAGGCUGCCGCUGAGUCACUCGAGAUCGGUCAAAUAACCGAUUACUGGAACUGCUUGGUGCUGUUGGAGGUGCUGGGCGAGUUGAGUAUCGAGACCGAGUUGCCAAUAAUGGUAUCGUCGCGCUGCAAGUCGUCACAAGUGUCGAGCGGCUAG